AUGCCGGUGGUGCACACGUUUCCGUUAGCCAGGCUGGUGACACCAUCCCCGCCUCCUGGGGCGGCUCUCACGGAGAGGGAUGGGUUUUCUCCCGCGGUGUGGGGUGCCUGGUCUACGGCCACAGUGCAGCUCCAGGAUCGGGGUCUCUUCAGGACAGGAUCCGAUGCACUCAUCACGCAAGAAGCCAGUGGCUACACCCGGUCUCAGCCGGUGGAGCUGCGGGCUGAUGACCUGGCUCUCCGUGCACCCUUGGGGUCCCAGCGCGCCCAACCCACAGAGCUCCCCCCUUCCCCCACGACCCUAGCUGCCCUGUGUUCCCGCGGCUCCCAGCGCGCCCCCCGAAGGACGGACGAACCUCGGCCGGCCGGGCACGCGCCCAACGCCCGGGAGCGCGCCUCGUGCACGCGCGCCCCACCGCGUGACCCGCGCCGGCCAACCUGCGCGCGGGGAUUUGGGGGCAAAGCGCGGCCCCGCGAGCAGCUGCGGCGGGAGAGCGGCGGGCCGAGAGCUCUCCCCUCCCCCGCAGUCCCGCCCUCCGCCCAGGCCCCGCCCAUGGGUCCGCCCCGCCCUCGAGCUCCGCCCCUGCUCGGGCCCCCGCCCCCCGGCUCCCUCCGCCCAGACUCCUCCUCCGCGGUCCGAGCUCCACCCCUCCGGACCUCUUCCGUCGCCGGGACCCACCCCCACUAUGCCUCUUACGCGGGGCCCCACGUGGACCAUCUGCUGCGCAUUGAGUGCUUUGCGUGCAGGCUCCCGCUGACCCCGCAGAUGCUGGAGGUUGAGCUGAAGUUGGGGCCCCUGGUCACGGAGCCCCUCCCUGGUCGGGAUCACACGGUGGGGUUCCGGUGGAAGCUUCCAUCUCCUGAGGGAGUGAAGACGGAGAACGGCCACAUCAACCUGAAGGUGGCCGGGCAGGACGGCUCCGUCGUCCAGUUCAAGAUCAAGAGGCACACGCCGCUCAGCAAGCUGAUGAAGGCCUACUGCGAGCGCCAGGGCUUGUCAAUGAGACAGAUUCGAUUCAGGUUUGAUGGACAACCAAUUAAUGAAACAGACACCCCAGCACAGCUGGAGAUGGAGGACGAAGACACCAUUGACGUGUUCCAGCAGCAGACGGGGGGGUCCGGGGUGGCCAGCUGCCUCUGGGGUGCAGCCUCUAGAGCCACCGUCCCCUCGUGUCACUGCGCUUGUGUUCGCUAUUGA